ACAAGCGGCGCUGGGCGGGGCGUGGUGGGGGCCGCUCGCUCGGGGGCUGGGGGCCGGCGCAGAGCGGCAGCGAGGUGCCCGGUGCCCGGGCGAGGAGUGGCGCUUCCCGAGGCUCAUUCCGGCCCCGGCCCCGGCCCCGGCCCCGGCCCCGCCUGCAACGGCCUCGCACCUGCCGGAGCCCAGGCGGGAGCCCCCUUCCCGGGCUGGUGUCGAUGCUGAGCGUGCCGGGGGCACUGUCGGCCUGCCCCACACCAUGGAUGGCUUCUACGACCAGCAGGUUCCCUUCAUGGGCCCCGGGAAGUCGUGCACCGAGGAGGGCCGAGGCCGGCUGGGGUCCGACAGGAAAAGGAAAUUUUUGGAGACCGACCUGGCCCACGAUUCGGAAGAGCUCUUCCAGGAUCUCAGCCAGCUCCAAGAGGCCUGGCUAGCUGAAGCUCAGGUCCCCGACGACGAACAAUUUGUCCCAGAUUUCCAGUCUGACAACUUAGUCCUGCACGCCCCACCUCCGGCCAAGAUCAAGCGGGAGCUGCACAGCCCUUCCUCAGAGCUGUCGGCCUGCAGCCACGAGCAGGCUCUCUGUGCCAGCUAUGGAGACAAGUGCCUCUACAACUGCUGUGCCUACGACAGGAAGCCCCCUGCUGGGUUCAAGCCAUUAACGCCGCCCGCCACGCCGGUGUCCCCCACGCAGCCAGGAUCCUCCCUGCCAGCCCCGGCAGUGCAGGCGGCUGCCCAUGGCACCCCGGCGGCCCCGCUCCGCAGCGCUGUGCCCGCCCCGCGCCCGCUGCAUGAGCAGAGGCAGCAAACCUUUGCGGUGCCGCGGCCGCCUCACCAGCCCAUGCACAUGCCAAAGAUGAUGUCGGAAAACCAAUACCCUGCAGAGCACAGGUUUCAGAGGCAGAUGUCUGAGCCCUGCCACCCCUUCCCGCCACAGCCCACUGUUCCUGGGGACGGCCGCCCCGUCUACCACCGGCAGCUGUCGGAGCCCGUCGGCCCUGCCGCCCCCCACCCCGCUCAGGGAUUCAAGCAGGAGUACCACGACCCGCUCUAUGAGCACGCCGGCCCCAGCCUGCCUGCCCCCCCCGGGCACAGCUUCCAGUCCCCCAUGGGCAUCAAGCAGGAGCCCAGGGACUACUGCAUCGACUCAGAAGUGCCUAACUGCCAGUCCUCGUACAUGAGGGGGGGCAUCUUCCCCAGCAACAACGACGGAUUUUCGUAUGAAAAGGACACACGAUUGUACUUCGAUGACACGUGUGUGGUACCGGAGAGACUGGAGGGUAAGGUGAAGCAGGAGCCCACCCUGUACCGUGAGGGCCCUCCCUACCAGCGGCGGGGGUCCCUGCAGCUCUGGCAGUUCCUCGUCACGCUCCUGGACGACCCCGCCAACGCUCACUUCAUCGCCUGGACCGGCCGUGGCAUGGAGUUCAAGCUGAUCGAGCCCGAGGAGGUGGCACGGCGCUGGGGUAUCCAGAAGAACCGUCCGGCCAUGAACUACGACAAGCUGAGCCGCUCCCUGCGCUACUACUACGAGAAGGGCAUCAUGCAGAAGGUGGCCGGCGAGCGGUAUGUCUACAAGUUCGUCUGCGACCCCGACGCCCUCUUCUCUAUGGCCUACCCCGACAAUCAGCGCCCCUUCCUGAAAGCGGAGCCCGACUGCCACGUGAACGAGGAGGACACGCUGCCGCUGACGCACUUCGAGGACAGCCCCGCGUACCUCCUGGAGGUGGAUCACUGCGGCGGCCUUCCCUACGCGGAGGGCUUCGCCUACUGACUUGGCCGGCCGGCACAGCGACGAGCACUAGCACCUCUGCUUUGGGCAAAUAAGGGCAAUGGUUUUGUAAAGAAUACUUUUUGCCAUUUCUUAAAAAAAAAACAAAAAACAAAAAAGCAAACAAACAACGAAACACAAAAGGAGAUGAAACGCGUGUGCGCACACACAGACUGGCCUUUACCUGUAAGCGCCGUUGGAGCAAGCUAAAAGCCCCGGUGUGUGUCAGCGCUGAGUCCACAACCUUACUGUCCAAGGGCUAGUGCGUAGGACUGCCCGUGGCUGGCACCUCCCGCCAGGCAUCCCAGAGGUGUUUUGGGGAGAGGGGAGCUAAACACCAAGUCUCUGACCCGGGCCACGUUUCUCAUGAGCAAGCGACGGCCGAUGGCUUCAGCAGCGCCCGUGAGACUGGUCUAGACGGUGUGACUGUGUAGCGAAUUGUCACGACAAUCUGCUUUGCAUCGAUCACAAUAUGCGUAGCUGCCUUGUGUGUUGGAAAGGGCUUCGAUUUGCACAGGCGAGGGGUGUCUGGGGGGGGCUCGGGCAGGGGACACACCGUGCCCAUGCCCCAGGGCUGAUGUGCAU